AUGGCUCAAAAUCAGGAUUUUUCUACGUUAACUCAUGAAGAAACACGAGAAGAACUUGAAGUUGGUGACAAUAAAGUUUCGAAUACGACUAUUAAUUUAGAAAAGAUUGUUGAACCUGAAAUUAUUACAAAUAAUGCUGAGCAGUUGGUAAAUUCUAAAACUACGGUCCAGGAUAAUCAAAUUAGUCAUAUAGUCUCCAGCGAAAUCAACAUAACAAAUGAAAUUUUACCAGAUCAGACUUUAGAAAACACUGUAUCUAAAGGAACAAAAGAUUUUAUUGGCGAUGAUAUUUCGGUUCAUACGGUUGAAGCCGAAAAAAUCUUGGGUGAUGGCAAAGAUCACAUUACUAUUGAUCGAGUUACUACAAAAGAGACGGCUUUUAGUAACAUUACUAUCACGCCAAAAAAUGAUACCCACUUAACACAUUCUGAUGAUAACGAUGAGGACCUUCUAUUUGAUAGACAAUAUGAUUUCAUAAAGACCGAGGAAAAGAAGUCUCAUGAUAGCGAAGAAUCUAUAAAGAAUGAGGAAAAUUCAUCUCUUGAUGACGAAGAGGACAUUUAUAAUUCACAUGACAAUAUUCAACAUGAUUCUAUAAAGAAUGAGGAAAAAGUAUUUCUUGAUAUUCCACAUGAUUUCGUUAAGACUGAAGGAAGUGUAUCGCUUGAUGACGAGGAGGACGUUUAUAGUCCACAUGAUAAUAUUCCACGCGAUUCUAUAAAUAAUGGGGAAAAGGUGCCUUUUAAUAAAGGUAUUAAUAUUCCACAUGAUUCUAUAAAACAUGUGGCAAAGGUAUUUCUCGAUGAAGAUAUUGAUAGUCCACAUGAUUCCGUAAAGACCAAAGAAAAGGUAUCUCUUGAAGAUGAAAGCGGUGACAGUCCAUAUUAUUCUGCAAAGAUUGAUGAAAAGGUAUCUCUUGACAAUGAUGAAGAUGUUGAAUCGUCAACUCCAUCUACACCACAAGGCGAAGAAAAUAUAUUAGCAACCAUUUCUAAGGUAGCACCAGAGUUGAAGCAAGUUUUGGAUACUUGGAAUGGUGAAUUAAUUAAAAAUAAAAACUCUGAAGAUCAUUCCGGUACAUUGGGCAAAGAUACUGAUUCAGAUAAAUUAUUGCAAGGCGAAAUCACAUACGUAAAAAAAGAGGAUGCUAUUGAAGAAGAGAAAAAACACGAUGUAAGAGAUGAAGGCGAUAAUUUUAUGUCAGAUAUACAAAGCUUGCCGUCAAAGCGAAUCAAGGAUAUCUUGGAUAAAGAUCUUGAUUCGGAUAAAUUGUUGCAAAGAAAAGUCGUAUACUUAAAAGAGAAUGUUAUCGAAGAGGAAAGACAUGACGUGAAAGAUAAAGAUGAUUUUAUGUCAGAUGUACAAAGUUCACCAUAUAAAAAAAUCAAAAAUGCCUUGGAUAAGGAUUCUGAUUCAAAUAAAUUGCAAGAUGAAAUCACAUAUAUAAAAAAGGAUGUUAUUGAAGAUAAACACAACGUAGAAUACGGGGAGAACUUUAUAUCAUCAGACAUACAAAGUUCACCGUCCAAGCGAAUCAAAAUUGAAGUUAACUUGAACAAAAAACAAGGUAAAAACUCCCAACGGAUUAGUAACGGAUUAGUCUGA